ACCUGCAGACAUUAAAAAGGGUUUGGAAUCUGUCAUUUCAAUUAAUCAAGAGGAUAAAGCAUUAACCUUUCAUUCUGAUGAGCUUUUCCACUUUGAAUCAGCUGUAAGAAAAGAAGGUGUUAGAGGCACUGAGGUUUACUAAUAUCAGGCUUUUCCCAAAACUGGCAGUCCAGCAACAAAAGCAUAAUCUGUUCACUUCAAAAGCUAGAUUAUUUUUUUUUAAACCAGUUACAAUAGCAUUACUGGCCUCUAGCUGUAACUUGCUUAUGUUGUAGAUGGCAGCAUGUGCAUGGAGCUGAAAGGAACAGGUGUUCUAGUGAAGUACAUGGUUAUUCAUGACCUUUUCCUUUCUUUCCUUCCUUCCUUCAAGUUGGAAUUUUGAUUUUCACACUUCUCUCUCUGAUCCUACACAGAUCAGUUGCUGAAUUCUGAAUGCUUUGGAUUGUGUAAGAAGGGCUUAAUGAAACGUUUGAUAAAAUACCACAGUGAAACACAGGAAGUGAUACAUUUUUCAAGCACAAUAGCAGUCUGAUUUUCCCUUAAGUUUCAAAUAUUUCCAGCUGUUGUAAGGACACUAAGGGGCAGAAUGUACUUAAGAUAAAAGAAGAUUUUAAGUACAGUUGAAAUACUGUCCUGGUCUGACACACAUUUCUUUUUUUUUUUUUUUUUUUUUUGUAUGGCAUCUUGGUAGUACGACUGAAGUUUAAGUGUCUACAUAUCACAGAUCACAGUGAAUCCUUGACUGAUGUUAAUCCUUGUAACUUCUAACAGGUAUAAUGGCUGGUCUGUGUUACAAGACAGCAUGGCUUGUGCUUGCACAGACAAGAUGAGUUUGGCUGUUCUGGAGACAUUUACCAUGCAUUUUUGCUGUGAAAGGAAACGCAUCCUGCUGGCCACACUUGAACUGCACUGCAGUGUCACUAAUCUUUGCCUUUCUCUGAGCCUGCAUGGCUGCAGGGAGGCAGGGGAUGCUGCAUGGUUUGCCUAUGGGAGAACAGAGCCAGGCUGAAGUACUUAGAUGUGAACUGAAUCUGCUUUUCUACCACAUCUUUAUAAUGAUAAUGGAUGAUCUCUGAGUUUCAGAACCUGAGGAAUAUUUGUCACAGAAAUUCAUUUUCCUUUGUCAAGAAGCCUGUGAGUUGAUGAAUUUCACUUUUGUUCUGAGAACUGAUCGUUAUUAGUAGGAGUUAUUACUGCAGUGUCACAUCACUUGCUAACUUCUAACUUUUCUACUGUUUGUCAGUUCAUUACUGGCUUUAAAUCCGGGGAAGAGGAGUUGUGCUGAAAAGAAAUGGGAUGCAGCUUCUUGCUGCAUUGAACACCCAAGCACUCUGAUGUAGUGCUCUGACCACAGAACUUAACCUGCCUCUGUAUAAGGCCCAUUCACCACAGAUUGGGAUGCGCCGUUACUUCAUUGAUCUCUUGACCGUCCUCAGCAACCGUUGCAAUCUCUGCCCUACAGCCCGGCAUCUCGCUAUCUACUUACUGGACCUCUUCAUGGACCGCUAUGAUAUCACUGUCAAGCAACUGUACAUCACUUCGUUUGCCUGUCUUCUCCUAGCAAGUAAAUUUGAAGAGAAGGAAGAUAAAGUUCCAAAGUUGGAGCACUUAAAUAACCUGGUGUACAUGUGCAAUGUGAAUGUGGUAUUGAGCAAGAAAGAUUUGCUUAGAAUGGAAAUGCUGCUUCUGGAAAACUUCAACUGGAACCUGUGUAUACCAACAGCAGCACACUACAUUGACUACUACCUCUAUGCAUCUAUUGGUGAGAAUGACCUUCACAACGGCUGGCCGAUCACCUCACUAACCAAAGUCAAAGCAUUUAUGGAGAAAUACGCAUAUUAUUUCCUUGAUUUCUCAGUGCAAGAUCACAGUUUCCUUCAUUUUCGUCCAUCUCUGAUUGCUGCAGCUUCUGUGUGUGCCUCACGUAUCUGUAUGCAGAUUUCUCCUGCCUGGACAUCACAGCUUGAAUUGCUAACAUGUUACUCCUGGGAGCACCUUGCCCAAUGCAUUGAAAUGAUGCUCAUAUAUUAUGAGAAUGACAUCAAAGAGGCCAGUAACAUAAAAAAGGAAGUAACAAUCCAACAUCAGCAACAGGAAGUAAUGGAAAACCUGAGACACGAAGCCACUACUCAAGUUCUAUUUCAGCAAUCUAGUUAUCACCCUUUAGCCCAGCAUUCAGCUAGUCUUUCCCAGUUCCAGUCAUCAGUGCAGGAUUUGUGCUCUGCUUAUCGUGACUCCUUACAGGCACACAGGCCCAGCACUCUGCUUGCUGGGAGUGCUGACAGCUCACUGCACUCCUACGCUGCUCUUCAGGCCAGCCUGCAGCCAUCUGCCCAGGCUCUGCACGUCCAAAUGCCUAUUGCUGUGCAGGUGGCCUUAGGAACAGAGCCCAGCCGCUGCAUUUCCAUGGCUUAUGGUAGUAGUUACUUCAGCGGUUGCCAUUCAUAUCCAGCUGGGUGUUUUGAUGGAUAAAUAUCAGUGUGAGAAAAAGGUGACGUGAGUGAAAACUGAAGAAAAGACCCUGUGAGUGAUACAAAAUGUGUAUCUGAAUGAGAACCACGAAGGAACAGAAUCCUUACGACUUACUCAUCGCUAGGACACUGAUCUGGAUCCACUGAUUGCUGGAAGCUGCGUGCCUUUGCCAAGGGCUGUACCUUUCUCUCUUAAUAAGAGAAAUAGAAAUGCAGUAACAUACCUCAUGUAAUGUGACUUUGAAAGGCUCGUACAUAGCAACCCUGCAGAGAUUACUACCUUCUAGUCCUCAGUGACUCACCAAUCUGAGCUGGCUGAAAGCUUGUGUUAAAGAGUUAUUUCACGCUGGAGUGUUCCUUGAAUUUCUGGUUAAGUAGCAAUGUUCUUAGAGGAUGCCAUUGAAAACAGUGCUCUAUCUCUCCCAGGGAUGUGUCUUUAGAACAGUGGCAGCUUAUACUACUGGAAACUUCUAAAAAAAAGUAUCCUGAAAUGGCAUUACCUUAAAUGUGAAUGCUCUUUGUUUCUGCAGAAAUUGACACAUACAACACUUUUCCUUUUCUUUGACCUGGAGUGAUAAUUCAGGAGUAAGACUGCAUAAUAAAAGGAACAGAGGCUGGAAGACUAUCAAAUAAUCUUUGACUUAAAAUUAUCUUGGAAACCAGAUGUGAUGCUACUGAACAGAACACCGCUCUGCCUUUGCUUAUUUGAAAAAAAAAAAAAAA